UCUGGGCUUGUGUACAGACUGGGAUCAGAUGGCCUGUGCUGCCACUGGUCAAACAUUAACUUCUGUUAUGCUGACAAGAUGUUGCUCCCUUAUUAGUGGAAACAGUUGGAAGUGUAUGUGUGUGCCCAGAUGUCACUAAUGGAGGUGAAGUAAGUUUGGCCAUUACCCAGAUAACCCAUAAAUUCACAGGACUCUGAUCAACCAGAAUGAGACCUGAUAACCUAUCGACUCAGAGCUUCACCAAACAUUAGCCUGCCCUCAUCCUGCUGUGAUGUAGAAAUGCUUUCUCCUUAAGCAAACCGAUUUCGUUGCCUGUUUUCAAAAAGAAUCUCACGCUGAACGAGGGUUUGUCUUUCAAUUCUUUCUGAACUAAGAAAAAAAACAACCAACUCUUCCAACAAGUUUGUUGAUUGGUAUCGUAUCCUUUCUGUUGGUGGCGGGAGGUCAAUGGCGAGCUUUCACGUGGUGCGGGUCAGAGUGAGCUGGACGGCUCUUUUGGCUCUGGCCCAUUUCAUCUACCUGCUGGCUGGAGCCACCAUCUUCCGAAUACUGGAGCGAGAGGCCGAAAACUACAAUCGAAACCAUUUUCUGAUGGAGAAGUUGAAUUUCUUAGCAAAUUACACCUGCUUGGAUGGAGACGCCUUGGAGUACUUUGUUAAGGUCAUUUUAUAUGCCAAGAAAAAUGGAGUAAAUCCUUCAGGAAACUCCACAAACCCCAGUAACUGGGACUUCAGCAGCUCCUUCUUCUUUGCAAGCACAGUCAUCACAACUAUUGGCUAUGGAAACCUCUCCCCAAGCACUGUGUCUGGCCAGGUGUUUUGUGUGUUUUAUGCUUUCUGUGGGAUUCCCCUGAACCUGGCCUUCUUCAAACAGCUGGGGAAGUGUUUCACUAUCCACCUGGGGAGGCUGGAGAAGGGACUGGUCUCAGUUGUUCCUCACAAGCAAGCAUUUGAGGCUGUUGCAGCGAGUUUGUUCUUUAUCGCUGGCACUUUCCUGUUUCUGGUCAUCCCCCCUCUGCUGUUCAGUUACGUGGAAGGCUGGACAUAUGGCGAGGGCUUCUACUUCGCCUUCAUUACCCUGAGCACCAUUGGCUUUGGAGAUUAUGUGGUGGGUACCAACCCUGGAAAGACCUACAUCUAUCUGUACCGCAGUGUUGCAGGCAUUUGGAUCAUCUUUGGCCUCGCUUGGCUCGCUCUCAUCUUCAACAUGGCAGCUAGUAUAAUGGAGCAUGUGCUGGACCAGACUUACCCGAGCCUCAGGAAACAAAGGGAGGCAGAGAACAUGCCAUCCAGUGAAAUAGAAGCCACAUCAAAGAUCUGAAAAUGGACUGCAGAUAGCACCAUAUACAGUGCGUAAAAUAUAUUUAGCGAGACUGUGCUAAAAUAGACAAAGCAGGAUGACUUCUACCUCAUUCAGGCCACACAAUCGGUGCUUUAAAUAUUUGCGUUGAACUGUCAUAAAAUGCAAACAGUUCACACAAAUAACACUGUUCUAAUUAAUUCUAAUUAUUCUCACUGAGAGCAAAAUGUUUUACAUAUUAUAUACAAAGUGUGCUCAGAAAGUUAUGAGAACAGGUUGACAGAAGGGGGAAAAAUCAAAAGCCUGACUUCAUUUAAAUGUGGCCAAUCUCCCAUUCAGCACUAUUUUCUCAUGCACCUCUGGACAGAUUUUAGAUCUCAUUGCAGAAGUCUUCUCAUUUCCCUUUCCCCCCUUUAUUUUGUGAUCUCCUCCAGUUUGUCAAAAUCAAAACUUAAUGGAAAAUCUGACAAGUGAGUCAGUUGGCAUCUUAAGAUUGUGCAGGUGUUCUUGCACACAGUUCAUGUUUUUGUCACAUUUCCUCCCUCACAAUAAUUGGGAUGUUCUUCCAGAACUCUGCACUGAUGGGUCCAACCUGAAGGGAACAUUCAUGCUGUAAAACACUAGAGGCAGUGUGAAUGUGGUAACAAUGCCAUGAUAUUUCAUACUGCACUCAUGGUAGCUCCCAAGUCCCUACUGGGUCAGCUCACAUUUUUGCCCAUGUUAUUCCAUGUGUUGGUAUCAGUAUAGGUUAACAUCCCUCCUAUUAGCGCUCUACUUAGCUUCAGCUCUGAAAUCUUCAGGAGUACCACCAGUGUGAUUGGUUGGUAAUGGUUCUCCAAGAACUGACUGCCAUUAAAAAAAAUAAAACAAAUGUAAGUAUGUGACUUGCAAAAUAAAAAGUAGCCAUUCUUCAGAAACACAAGUUAAGAAGAUCAACUUUUUCAGUGUUAGUCAUAAAACAAUUAAAGGCACCGCCAUAAUGAGCUGA